AUGGACCAAAAGAAUCAAAAAAAAUGCAGCAUAUGUUAUAAGAUUUUACCUUACAACAGUUCGACCAGUUCAAUGCAAUCCCAUUUAUCAAUUGAUCAUUGCAUUAAUUCUAAAAUAUCUAAAAAAUCAACAACUUUACUCAACGAUGACGAUAUAUCCGAUAUUGAGAGCGGUAAUGAGAAUGGUUUUGAAGAGACUGGUCAUAAAAAAUUAAACAGGUUAUUGGUGAAUUUUAUUGUUGGUACCGAUCAGCCGAUUUCGAUAGUACGUCAUCCAGACUUUGUAAACUUAGUUAGUGAGUUAAACAAAAGCUACAAAAUGCCUUGCAUAAAUACGGUGAGCAAGAAAUUAAUUCCAUCAAUUACGGACAAUCUUAAAUCAAUUUUAAUGCUAGAAUUGAAGGGAUGUCGUUUCAUUACAAUUACUUGUGAUAGUUGGUCAUCAUUAGGUAAAAACAGCUACCUCGGUGUGACUUGUCAUUUUAUUGACAAAAAUAUGACUCUAGUUGACCGAAACCUGGAUCUUAAGUUUAUGUCUGAAAUGAAAACAGCUGAAUAUUUAUUUAAUACGUUAAACGAAAUCUUCAGUGAAUGGUCAAUCAAUAAUAAGAUUUUUGCACUAGUUACUGACUCAGGUGCAAAUAUUUUCUCUGCAGUAAAUAAAUUUGAUGAUAAUGUUCUUAAGAUUCCGUGUGCUGGUCAUCGUUUGAAUCUCGUGGUUAAUCAUCUUCUAAACGCACGAGAUAUAAAAGUAAAAAAAUUUAAAAAUGGGUCAAAGCGUUACCAAGUAAAAGAUUACGACGGUAAUGGAAAACUAAUUAAUAGAGAAAUUACAGAAAGUGAAGUUAAAGAAAUUGAAAAAAUUAACGAAGGCAAAUUAGAAAUCGCCAAGGUAAUUUCAUCCUGUAGGCACAUUGUUGGUUCAUUUAAGCAUUCAGAGAUGUUACAAAAAAAGUUAAAAGAAGUUCAAGAAACACUUCGUUAUGAAACUAAAAUAAAGUUAGUACAGGAUAUAGCUAUUCGCUGGAAUAGCCAAUUCGAUAUGAUUGAAUCUAUAUUAACAAAUAAAACUGCAUUAGAUAUGAUAAGCAUCGAAUUCCAAAAUAUAAAAGACUAUCUUCCCACUGCUACUGAAUUUAAGGUGCUGGAGGAUUUGUGUGAUUUGUUACACCCAAUUAAAGAGCUAACAAAACUUUUUAGCGGAAAGAAAUAUGUUACAGUAACAUUCCUGUUUCCAACACUGUAUUCUCUACUAAAUGAAAUACUUGAAUCGCAACCUAUUUUUACAGAACUAGUUAAGACUUUUCAAAAGGAAUUAUUAAGAUAUGAAUGCAUUUCAAAGGCAAAAAUGUUUAUAAAAACAUUUUAUGAAAUGCAUCUAAAAGAAACCGAAGAAAUCGAUAUAACAAUUGAAACAAAUUGUUUAAAUAACACUUUGAACUCGUCAAACAGCUCAGCUGACAAUACCAUAAAAACAUUUCAGCAAUUGUCAACGUCACCUAUUGCAAAUAAUAUUACUUUAGUUAACAACAAAAGACGAAAGUCAAUCAACUUAAUUGAACUAGUAACAGAUAAAUCUUGUUGUAAUUCAAUUGAGAGCAAUGAUAAACUUGAAAAAGAAAUAAAUGAUUACAGUCUGCAAUACUUUCAUAGCUACGAAAAUAGUGCCAUUGAAUUUUUCCAAGCUAAUCAAAAAUUGUUCCCGGUUUUGACACAAAUUGCACGGAUAAUAUUUUCAGUUCCAGCGACAUCCGUGCCAUCAGAAUGCUUAUUUAGUUCAACCGGUUUAAUAGAUACGGAGCUACGGAACAGGCUUGCGCCAAGCUUAUUGAAGCACUUAAUUAAUGACAAUAUGUUUUCUGCUACAUUCUUUUCAAUUCUGGAAAAAACACCAAUAUCCAAUGAUUGA